UAGUAGUUUAGGCAGUGUGUGUUUUUGUCAGCGCUAGUUUUCGUUUUGAUCCGAUUGGCAUGCUGACUGCUGUUACUGGCGGUUCUAGGCGUUGUAGCUGUGUGGCGUGAUACUGGCGGUUGAUACUCGCAAAAUUAAUGGUUUGCACUGAAGUAAUCGCCUUUUUCAGCCGAGUCUGUCAGGCCCAGCAAUGAUUCGCACCUCAUCGACCCAAUGCUCGCAAUCAAAGCCUACGUUAAAAGAUGCUUUACGCACUGCCUGUGCGGCCCCUGCAGCGGCUAACAUUGAUAAAAGUGAAGACGAGUUGUUCGUCGAGCUCUACGUUUCCCCCAGCAAGCGAUCGGACGCAGAAAGCUCAGUUCCUCGCUUUCAUUACAAACUGCCUUCUGACGACAACGUGUUGUCGCAGAAAUUGAGGGGGGAGGCUCGUGCACUGCUUCUAGAGCGACGUAACGCCGAACUUUUGGACCACGAUGAAUUGAAGACGCUCAUGGACGAAUUGGCCAAUGUGUCCUCUCCUCCAAUCGUUCAUGAAAAAGCCAUGCUCAACUACGCAGAUUUCAAGAAAGUGUCGAAACGUUGCGGCGAAAAAUGUCGGUCGUUCUUCACUGCCAAGACGUUCGCCAAGUUGCUGCAAAAGGACCCUUACGGCCGAAUAUCUGUGGAUGACUUUUUCAACUACGUCAUGAAGAAGGUGUGGAUGCAACAGUCUCGUGUUAACCUUUCUUUGUACGACGUUUCAGGCCAAGGCUACCUGAGAGAGCUUGACCUAGAAGCAUACAUAAAGGAUCUUAUACCCAGCCUGCCUCAAAUUAACGGCAUUGAGCAAACGUUUCACUCUUUCUAUGUGUGCACAGCUUUGCGGAAGUUCUGCUUUUUUCUCGAUCCCUUGCGGACUGGAAAGAUAAAGAUACAGGACAUCCUAUGUUGCUCGUUCCACGACGACCUUACUGAGCUGCGAAGCGACAAGCUGACCAGUACAGAUUUGGACACGAACUGGUUUUCCGCCACAUCGGCCCUCAAAGUUUAUGGCGACUACCUCAACUUGGACAGGAACCGUAACGGGAUGUUAAGCAAAAGUGAGCUGGCCAGGUAUGGCAAGGGAACACUGACGCAGGCAUUUAUCGACAGAGUGUUUCAGGAGUGUCAGACGUAUGACGGGGACAUUGACUACAAGACAUACCUCGACCUUGUCUUAGCCUUGGAAAACCGCAAAGAGCCACAGGCACUGCAGUUUUUCUUUCGUAUUCUAGAUAUUAAUGGUCGUGGUUACCUGGAUGUCUUCUCACUCAACUAUUUCUUUCGAGACAUACAGGAGCAGAUGAGAAAACAUAACCAGGAACCUGUCAAGUUUGAGGAUGUAAAAGACGAAAUCUUUGACAUGGUUAAGCCAGAGGACCCAUGCAAAAUUACUCUUAAGGACCUUAUACGUUGUGGUAAAGGCAGCACAGUAGUCAGCAUCCUCAUAGAUGUCAAUGAAUUCUGGGCCUAUGACAACAGGGACACACUGGCUGCAGAUGUCUAAUUGCUACAUGGUCAGCAUUCAAGUUGUUUUCUCUGUAAUCUUGGACUUCAUGUGGUGAUAUCAUUAACAGCAUUGGUUAGCUGCUGGCAUGUUUCCACUUAUCGGUUAAUACCUUCAAGCAUCAAAUAAUUGUUAAAAAUUUUGAUUUAUCACAUAUCAUGCAUCUUCAGCAUCACUAAGCUAAGCUGAGCAUUAUUACCCUGCCUCUGUUGAUUGCUUAUAAUAAAUUCUGAUUUUAAUCAUACUCCAUAAUUUUAGCAGGUUUUCUUGCAUUCACUGAUAUGCGCUCCAUGCCUGAGCUCUCGGAAGUGCUGUUGGUGUCAAAAGAAAAGUCUCGAGUAGUUUCGGGUGACAAACACAGUGAUCUAUUCAGUAGCAGGCUUUAACAGAGCAGAAAUUUAUAAUCAUUGCUAAACCCUUGCCCCAUAAACUUUUGGCACUCAUACAUAAAGUGCAGGAACCAUAUCAAUUAUUUCAUGUGAAUUGUGCUCAAAAAACAGUUGACCACUUUGGAAAUUUGCUUGCUGUCAAAAACAAUUUGCUAUACAACAACAUAGCAUCACAGCAAACACAGAAAGUGGCAUGUUUGUAACUCCUUUCUUUUAUUAUUACAAUAUUGCAACACUUUUCACUAACAUGUAUGGUGCAUAUUAAUAAAUCUUAGAGCACAGGCCCA